UUUCACUUUCUCUCUCUAGAUGAGGUAGGAGCAAGAAGAGUGAUGGAAGAAUCAUCCAAUUGGUCAGAAAACCUAAAGCCCCAAGAUUGUGAGAUGGAGAUUGUAGAGGAGCUGAUAAAGGGGAAAGAUAUGGCGAAUCAGCUCAAGAUCUUGCUUAAAAACCCACCACAAAAUGCUACUUUUAUUACCGAUUAUGCAGAAAAUAUCUUCACAUCUUUUACUCAGGCUAUUUCUCUCCUCGCCUCUUCCGGCAGCCAGUUGACCGGCCAGAGUUCAAACCCGCAGCCGCAACCGCCGGCCACGGCCACGAAGGAUCGAAGAGGCUGCUAUAAGAGAAGAAAAGGGGCUGAUUCAAUGGAAAAUUUUUCUACAACAACUGAAGAUAAUUAUGCUUGGAGAAAAUAUGGCCAAAAGAAGAUCCACAAUGCUCAUCACCCAAGGUGCUAUUAUAGGUGUACUAACAAGUUCGUUGAAAGUUGCAAAGCAUUGAAACAGGUACAGCAAAUUCCUGGUGAAAAAUUAUUAUACCACAUCACAUACAUCGGCCAACAUACAUGCCAAGACACAUCAACAUCAAGGAACCCUUCAAAUAUAAUCUUUGAUUCUGAUGUUGCAAAGUUUAGCCUCACCGGUUUCGAAUCUACCAUGGUUAAUCCAUCUUUUGUUAAAGAAGAGGCGAAUGAUAAUAGUGUUUCCGAUCCAUUGGAUUCAAUCACAUGGCCUUCAAAUAUGAUCGUCUCGGAUGUUCAAGAGGAUGAUGCUUUUGUCACGAAUUUGCGUUAUUAGGUUUGAUGGAUUGCACUAUAAUUUUCUAUGUUUGAUGUUUAUGAUUGUCGCAUUGAUUUUUGGAUAUUCUUGUAAUGUAAAGUUUUAUUGUUCAUUGUUUGUAAAGAGAAAUAAUUACUCCCUUUUGAAAUAUCCUUGUGCUAACAAGAUGGAGACUUUUUUUAUUUUUUUCUUUAUUGGAAGCAAGACUUUCUUGUUGAUGAUAGCCAAG